AUGCCAGAGUUGAGUGCGGAGAGCCAGAAUGACCGCCAGGAGUCGCCGACAGAGGUCCUGCCUUCGGGUCCAACGUACAAUCCCGGGAUGUACGCAAAAUUGCACACCGAGUUCACGAAGAAGCAGAAGAAGCAGUUUUAUUUUGCCAAUGCAGGAAAAAACCGAUUCGACGCGCAGGAAACUGCACAGAGGUACAAGUAUCUUCUUGAUAUCACGGACAUCUUCAGCAAGUUCCUCAGGUCGAAAUCGGAGAAGGAUCCGCGGUUUGCGGAAGUGGAGGAAAUCCUCCAGCGGGAAAAAGCUGUGGAGCAGAGAAAGGAAGCGAAUAAAAGGCAGAGAAGAACAGAAAAGGAGGAGGAUGAGGAGUUGCUAAAGCAGGAGGAGGAGUCCGGGGAGGAGGAGUCGACGAAAACGUUUGAGUUUCUCGAGAAUCCGGCAUACAUCAACGGGAAAUUGCGGCCGUACCAGAUCCAGGGCUUAAACUGGAUGAUCAGCUUGGAUGCAAACCACUUGUCGGGCAUCUUGGCAGACGAGAUGGGCUUGGGCAAGACGUUGCAGACGAUUUCCUUCUUGGGGUAUCUCCGGUACAUCAGGAAUGUGCCGGGUCCGCAUUUGGUCAUUGUGCCGAAGUCGACUUUGGUGAACUGGAAACGAGAGUUUUCGCACUGGACCCCGGAGGUAAACACGGUUGUUCUCACCGGAGACCAGGAGCAGAGGUCCCAGAUCAUCAGCGAGCGAAUAAUGGCGUGCGACUUCGAUGUUGUGAUAUCGUCGUACGAGAUUGUGAUCCGGGAGAAGGCCGCAUUGCGGAAAAUAGCCUGGCAGUACAUAGUGGUGGAUGAGGCACACCGGUUGAAGAACGAGAACUCGUUGCUUUCGCAGAUCAUCCGGAUGUUCCACUCGAAAAACAGGCUUCUUCUUACGGGCACGCCGCUCCAGAACAACUUGCACGAGCUCUGGGCAUUGCUCAACUUCUUGCUUCCGGACAUUUUCUCGGACUCGGAGACUUUUGACGAGUGGUUUUCUGGAGGGGAGAAGGAGGGUGAAAGGGAGGAAGAUGGGAAUGACAAAAACAACUCCAGCCAGGAUUUGGUGGUGCACCAGUUGCACAAAGUGCUCCAACCGUUUCUUCUCCGCAGAAUCAAGUCGGACGUCGAGAGGUCGCUCCUGCCCAAAAAAGAGCUUAACGUGUACGUGGGGAUGUCGUCCAUGCAGAAGAUGUGGUACAGGAAGAUUCUAGAGCGGGACAUCGACGCGGUCAACGGGGCGAACGGCAAGAAAGAGUCGAAAACACGGCUUUUGAACAUCGCCAUGCAGCUCCGCAAGUGCUGCAACCACCCAUACUUGUUCGACGGGGCGGAGCCGGGGCCUCCGUACACCAACGGCGAGCAUCUGGUGUACAACUCGGGCAAGAUGCUGGUCUUGGACCGGCUGUUGAGGCGGUUGAAGGCGGCCGGGUCGCGGGUGUUGAUCUUUUCACAGAUGAGCCGGAUGUUGGACAUCUUGGAGGACUACGCGGUGAUGAGGCAGUGGCAGUACUGCCGGAUAGACGGGCAGACGGAGCACGCGGACCGGAUCAAGGCGAUCGACAACUACAAUGCACCGGGAUCGGAGAAAUUCGUGUUUCUCUUGACUACGAGGGCCGGCGGGCUCGGAAUCAACUUGACGUCUGCAGAUGUGGUUGUUUUGUAUGACUCGGACUGGAACCCGCAGGCAGACUUGCAGGCGAUGGACCGGGCGCACCGGAUUGGCCAGAAGAAGCAGGUGAAGGUGUUCCGGCUGGUCACAGAGAAUGCCAUCGAGGAGAAGAUCUUGGAGAGAGCCUCACAGAAGCUCCGGUUGGACCAGUUGGUGAUCCAGCAGGGUCGGCAGGUGGCCCCACAGGCAGGCAAGAGGGGCAACUCGAAGGACGAGCUUCUCACGAUGAUCCAGCACGGGGCAGAGCUGGUGAUGCGGAAUAGUGGGGAAAAACGAGAUGGACAGGCUAAAACGACACUCACGGACUCAGACAUCGACGAGAUCCUGGCUGUGUCGGAGCGGAAAACGUCGAGGCUCAAGUCGAAGUUCGCAGCGUUGCGGUUCGACGACCUCCAGAACUUCACGUCGGACUCCGGGUCGGUGUACGAGUGGGACGGGCAGAAAUUCCAGAAGAGGCAGCCCGUGGUGCACCGGGACAGCUCCGGGUUGGGGCUGGGCAGCAUGCCGUGGAUCGGUCCGGCCAGGCGGGAGCGCAAAAGGGGCAAUUACUCCGUCGACCAGUACUACCGGGAGGUUCUCAACACGGGCAGGAGGUCGGGCCAGCCCGGUGGGGUGCCCUGGGACGAGAGGAGGACGAUCCGGCAGCCCAAGCACUUGAAUUUGUACGAUCAUCAGUUCUACAGCACGCAGCUCUGGCUGCUGCACUCUUUGGAGAUGUGCCACUACCGCAAGCUGGUCAAGCAGCACCCGGAGCUCGCCAAGGGCCCCAAGAGCACGCUUGCCGAACGCAGGCUCGACCAGCAGUUGGACCAGGCCGAGAUCGACCACUCCCGGCGGUUGGCUGCUGCCGAGGAGCACCAGAAGCAGAAUUUGCUUUCGCAGGGCUUCGGCACCGUGUCCCGGCGUGACUUCUUCCAGUUCGUGGCCUCGUGUGCCAAGCACGGCCGGAACUGCAUCGAUAAGAUCGCCGCAGACGGACUGGCCGAGGGGAAAAGCCGCCAGGAAGUCGAGGAGUACGCGAAAGCGUUCUGGGACAGAUUCCGCGAGAUCGACGGAUACGAGCGGCAGAUCGCACACAUCGAGCAAGGCGAGGACCACAUCCGGAAGACCGUUGUGCAGCAGGAGAUGCUCCGGCGGAAAAUCAGCCACUACCGGUACCCGCUCGAGGACUUAACGUUGCAAUAUCCGCCCAGAAGCAAGGCCAGCAAGGCUAAGAAGACCUUCACCGAGGACGAGGACCGCUUCUUGAUCGUGCAGAUGUUCCGACUCGGUCUAUCGACGCCUGACCUGUACGAGGAGAUCCGCAAGUCCAUCCGUGCGAACCCUCUUUUCAAGUUCGACUACUUCCUGACCAGCCGGACUACUACUGAGAUAAACAGGAGAUGCAUUACACUACUUGCUAGCUUGCAGAAGGAGUACGGCAGUGCACUUCCUGCCUGGUAUGCCGACAAGAAGCGGGACUCCAGCUCUACCCCCGACCCGAAGCCGAGAUCCAAGAGGCGCAGACGCUGA